ACUAAUAUUAAAAAUAAAAAGAACUUCUGUGCAAAAUUAUACUGUGAAUUUUUAUAAAAUAAUUAUUGUUAAAUGGCGGAAAAUGGAAUGCGUAUUGGAGCAGCAAAUGCUGCCGGCAGCUCGGCCGACGGUGAUUAUACCAAUGGUCAUAAUGAUCAUGAUUUGUCGACUGAAAAUGGUAAAACACCAACUCGGUUAAAUGAAGCAGCUCAAAAAUACAUACAGGAUUUAAUGUCAGAAAGAGCUAGGAUGGAAAAUCAUUUUCCAUUAGCAGUGAAACUUAUCGAUGAAGCACUGGAACGAGUUCAAUUGAACGGACGACUUCCGGCAAGAGAACAAUACGCUGAUGUUUAUCAGCAACGCACUAUUAAAUUGUCACAAAAAGUGCAUGUGCCUAUUAAAGAUAAAAAAUUUAAUUAUGUGGGAAAGCUGUUGGGUCCUAAGGGAAAUUCAUUGCGUCGCCUACAAGAAGAAACUCAGUGUAAAAUAGUAAUACUUGGACGUUUUUCGAUGAAGGAUCGUGCACGUGAAGAGGAAUUGCGCAAUUCUUCUGAUAUUAAAUAUGCCCACCUUAAUUUACCUCUUCAUGUUGAAGUAUCAACGAUAGCAGCACCUGCAGAAGCUUAUGCACGUGUCGCAUAUGCUCUAGCUGAAAUUAGACGUUAUUUAAUUCCUGAUAAACAUGAUGAUAUUAGGCAGGAGCAAUUUCGAGAAUUAAUGGAAGAUCCAGAGGCAGCUAAAAAAAUCACUAUUCGACAACAACAGCAACAACAACAGCAGCAGCAGUUAUCGAAUGCAGGUGUUAAUUCAAAUCGUGGUUCUGGGGGAGGAGGGCCUUAUAGACCAAAAUAUCAACCACAAUCGCAGCUCUAUCACCACAACGAAGAGCCAGUCUAUUAUCGUUCACAUAAUAAUGCUUUUGUGCAGCAAAAACCUUAUGUGCCAGCUGGUCAGCGUCCAAAUCCAAUGCAUUCUGCAUUGCCACCUCAGGCUAUUGUAGGUGCAUCACCAUCGGGUAUGGUUUUAAAUACAGUUAACUUUAGUGGGCGUGGCUCUGGAAUGAAUAGUGGCAUGAUGACGAACAAUGCCUUAAGUGGUGGGGUUGGAUCUGCUGGUGGUUCAGGUGCUGCACCUAACUUAAGAUAUCGUUCCAGUUUGCCAUAUAAAGUCAUUAAAAAUUAAAAAAAGAAUUUGCCUUCCCAAUUCAUUGAUUAAUCAUUGUUUUUGCUGCUCUCUUUGCCAUAAUUGUUUUUCACAUAUUUUACAAGUUUUGUCAAAAAAUAAUUCAAUAUAUUAUAUAUUGUGAAAGAAAUAUCGUACCACCUCUAAAUUUAACCAUUGAGGUUAGAAGUUUUGUUUAAUUU